GCGAGGGUACCAAGGGGUUGGGCGGCGUGCAGACCAUCGCUCGCAAGCGACAGAGAGGCUGCGAGAAAAAGAGGGGACAGACCCAGGCAGAGCGAGAGGGAGGUGUCUGGUGUUUUUGGAGCACGAUCGUCGACUGAAUUGUUGAUCGAUUGAGAGGCCGGUUCUGCACGAUCUGAGAAGUGUUUCCAGUCACUGUCGACGUGGUCAAUCGAGAGAUAGAGAGCUUGUCUUCACAUGUGAUCGACCGCCAUUUAGACAGCGCGAGGAAACAGGUCACAUAGGGGAGGGAGAGAGAGAGACUGGCGCUCCAAGUGACGCGGGGGAACUUGGUGGAAAGCGAGACAGCGAGCAAGCGCCUGUGCCCGCGCGCUACACACACACAUACACACACCACACACACAACACACACACACACACACACACACACACACGCACACAGACACACACACACACAGAGAGAGAGAGAGAGAGAGAGAGAGAGAGAGAGAGAGAGAGAGAGAGAGAGAGAGAGAGAGAGAGAGAGAGAGAGAGAGAGAGAGUCCCUGAAGGGGAAAGCAGAGUGGAGAAUUGCAACUACAGUUCUUAACUUGGCAUAAGCAGGACGGUGGCGCGCCGGGGCAGAGGAGCGUGUGCAGACAGGCGGACGCAGUGUUGACUACGCAGCCGCGGCAGGUCAUGUACGGACGGUAUGGCGGCAGCGACACGUACGGGGGGGCCAGCGCCCACUCGUACGGAGGGGGGGGGUCCUCUCGAGGAGGGGUUGUAGCGGGCGGAGAGGGGGGGGGGAGGGGACUGAGCUACGACAGAGACAGCAGAUACGGGGAGCGGGGGGAGCGGGAUCGAGGGGAGCGUGAACGUGGGGAGCGCGAGCGCGGGGAAAGGGAGCACGAGCGGGAUCGAAGCGGACGGCGGCAAACGCGAUCACGGUCGCGAGAGCGGUCGCCGCGACGGUCAGAGCGAUACGGUCGGGAGCGAGAGUACGACCAUUCCAGUCGGGAGAGGGGAAGACCGGCGGCGCCGGCAGCGGUGGAAAGGGAACAUGGGCAUGAUAGGUUUAGGGAGCGGGAUCGCGAGCGGGAGAGAGAGCGGGAGCAGCGGGAAAGGGAGAGGGAAAGGGAAAGAGAGAGGGAGAGAGAAAAGGAGAGGGAGAGGGAGCGGGAACGGGAACGCGAGCGAGAGCGGGAAAGGGAGAGGGAGCGGAGCGCUAGGGAAAGGGAUCGCUACCGAGCUGCUACUGUCACGGCGGGAGGUGGGGGAAGUUCGGUGGCGGCGCCGGGCAUGAGCGCGGGGAUGGCAAGUGCUGGGGGUGCACUGGGAGGAAGGGCAGCGUAUACCGAUUACGAUCGGAGUCGAGACCCGCCCAGGGAUCGGGACCGGUAUAAUACCACCAAGAGUCGCGAGGUCGACGACCGGUACUCGUCGUUUCGAGUCGCGCCUGGGUACUCUGGGACAGCUGCGGGAGGGAUGGCCACUGCAGCGGCGACCGCCUUUGCGAUGGGAAACGGCUUCGGCGUAGCGACGCCGACGUCUGCGCGAGGAGGCUACGGUGGAGCGUUCAUCGCCAUGCCUGCUGCGCCAUUUGCACCACCAAGCGACACGUGUUUCGUAUGUGGAGGCGUUGGGCACUGGGCACGUGAUUGCCCGAGCAAACGAUCGGGGGCCAUGCCGACCUUGACUGGCGCAGGGGACAUGGGUGUGUCACCUGGUGCCGAUGCGAGUACUAGGUGUUUCGAAUGCGGAAAACGAGGGCACGUCGCUCGGGAGUGUCCUCUCAAGGUCCCGACCGGCAGCAAGGAGCACAGGUGUUACUCGUGCGGUUCCGUGGGGCAUAUCUCGAGAGAUUGCCCGAACCGAUCUUUCGGGUCUCGAAGUGGAAACAGCUCUCAUGGAGGGGAUGCAGCCACGGGGCGCAACGGCAUCCAGUCGGGAGAGGCCUGCUACAACUGCGGAAGGAGGGGGCAUUUCGCCCGAGAAUGCCCCAACAUAGGAGUGGGGAUGGCUCCUGGCCUUCUGGACCGUUGGAUGGGCCCUCCUAUUGGCCCUCAGGUAGUUGCACUUCCUGCUGCCAGUGGAGCUGCGCAUGCUGUGUCCGAUAGGUGCUAUGAAUGCGGACAGGGCGGCCACUUCGCUCGCGAGGACGCAGAAAGCUAGGGGUAGUAUUCAGCUUGUCUUCAGCUUUGGUAUGAACGAAUGCCGCCUUUCGUUGUAGGAGUAAAGUGCCGCGGUUGCG